GGAGGGGGAAUCAGAACAAUUUUUAGUUUCUUCAAAUAAUUUACAAAAUAUGGAAAAUAAUAGAAAAUUGUCAGCUCAAACAAGAAGACAACGUUUUGCUUUAAAUAAUACAAAAAGUGAAGGGGGAAAUGUUGAAAAUAAUUGUGAAUUUUUGUUUGAAAAACAACAAAAUAUUUUUGUAAAUCAAAACACAAUUCUUUCUGUUUCUUCCUCUUUUUUGGACAGAAAAGUGGAAAAUAUCCAAAAUUCACCAAAAAUGGGAGGAAAAUUAAAAGAAUUAAAAAAUCAAAAAAUAAUUAAUUCUUCAAAUAAAGAAGAAAAAUGUUACAAAAAUAAUAAUAAAAUACAGCAACAACAACAACCUUUAAAUCAAAAUGAUUUUAAUUUAAUGGAAAGAGGACAUAGAGUUUGUAAAUUAAUUGCUUUAAAGAAAUUUGAUAUAAUUUAUUUCCGUUUAUGGUUAAAUACACAAACACAACAAAUUGUUUUGUCUAAAUGGAAUAAUAAUUUUAAUCAUACAAAUUCUUCUUGCUCUUCGCUGGAUAUUAAUUGUUCUUCUUCUUCAACAUUAGAAGAGCAAAUUGAAAUAAAUAGUCGAAGUUAUAGUACAACAAUUCCUCCAAAAUAUUCAACAGCAACAACUUCAACUCGUUCAUGUUCCUCAACUUCUUCAUUUUCUUCUUUAAAAACCCAAACACUCGAUUUAAGAUUAAUUAAAGAUGUCCAGGUUUUGUCACAAAUAGGGACGACAAUGCAAAUAACAGAAAAAUGGAGGAGAGAUUCUGCUUUACAACGUUUUGACAAAAAUACAGUUUUGUGUAUUAGUUGGGGUGUUACUUUUAUUCCAAAUAAUUGGCUGAUUUUAUUCGAUAAUAAAGAAUUGUGUAAUUUGUGGUGCCAAGGACUUCGACAAUUAUGUUUAGAACAAGCAAAUGCUUCUCAAGCAUUAAUUGUUGAACGGUGGUUAAGAAAACAAUUUUGUUCUUUACUUGUCCAUCCAACAGACAAUGCUUGUAUAUCAAUAAAACACAUGAAACCUUUUGUUCAACAAAGAUUACAAUGUAAAAUUAGUGGGAAACAAUUACAAGAAAUUAUUGAAAAUGAAAUGGGCUUUGAAAGUUUUGUUUUUGCACAUAAUUGGCUAUUAAAUUUUCAUUCUUUGUUUAUGUCAAUGUUUUCUGACUUUGUGCAUCCACAAAAUGAACAAAAAAUGAAUUUUAGAAAAUUUGUUGAUUUUCUUAAAAAUGUACAAAAUGAUGAAUUAGGUAAAAGUCCAGAAUUGGCUUCAGAUUAUUUAAGACGUUAUUUUCGAGAUGUUGACCCAGACAGAGAUAUUGCCGAGCCUUGGUUAAGUACGAGUGAAUUUGUUGAUUAUUUAUUUUCUUGUGAUAAUUCUUUAUUCGAUCCAAUAAAUAAAGAAGUUGUUCAUGACAUGACUAAACCAUUAACUCAUUAUUGGAUAUCUUCUUCUCACAACACCUAUUUAACUGGAGAUCAACUUAAAAGUGAAUCUUCUUUGGAUGCUUAUGCCCGGUCUUUAUUACUUGGAUGCAGAUGUGUAGAGUUAGAUUGUUGGGAUGGACCUCAAAGAAGGGGUCCAAAUGGGGAAACAAUAAUUGAUAUAGUUAUUUAUCAUGGAUAUACAAUGACUUCAAAAUUGGCAUUAAAAGAUGUUUUACAAACAAUUAAACAUUAUGCCUUUCAAACUAGCGAUUAUCCAUUAAUUCUUUCAAUAGAAGAUAAUUGUUCUGUUCCAGCCCAACGUCAAAUGGCUAUUGAUAUUCAAGAAGUUUUGGGGGAUUUAUUAUUAACUUCGCCAAUUUCUAGAGACGAAUGGGAACUUCCUUCGCCUUGUGCCCUUCGAAAUAAAAUUAUUUUAAAACACAAAAAAUUAAGAGAAGAACAACAAGAAAAUGAUAAUUUAAAUAAUAAUUCUUUUUUGUUAGAAGAUGAAUUAGAUCAGGAUAUUUUAAGUAGACAAUGUAUUAAAAAAGGAGUUUUGUGGUUAAAGAAUGAUGUUUCUAAUGCUAAUGGAGGAUUAGAAUCAAUUUGGAGAAAACACAUUUUUGUUUUAUUUCAUGAUCGUUUAUGUUAUUUAAUCCAACCAAUUGAUGAUGAAAAUAAAAUGAAUAAUAAAUUAAAUGCAGUUAUUAGAGAGAAAAGUUUUGGAAGUCAAAAUGAUGAAAAUUUUAAUGGAGAUGAAGUGGAGGAAAAUAAUGGAGGGAAUAAUGGACAUAGAAAUAGCAUUACUUCAACAACAACAACUUUAUUAGUCGAAGAUUGUUCAAAUUGUCACAUAACAGAAGAAUGGUUUCACGGUAAAAUAGACAGAGAAGAAGCAAAGGAAAGAUUAAAUAAAAAUAAAAUAAAUGGAACAUUUCUUGUGCGAGAAUCAAAUACUUUUAUUGGAGACUUUACUCUUUCAUUUUUAUUUAAUAAUGAAGUACAUCAUUGCCGGAUAAAAACAAAUAUUUUACCUGGAGGAGAAAAACGUUAUCAUUUAUUGGAUACUUUGAAAAAAGAAAGUUUAUAUGAAUUAAUUAGUUAUUAUAUGAAACAUUCUUUAAAUACUCCUAAUUUUAAGGAAUUAUUAACAAAAUUUGGAGAAGAUGGGGGAUUCCUUAUUCGUUAUAGCAAAAAUGAUACAGAUUCUUUUGUUUUGUCGUUAAGGGUAGAUUCAAUAAAUUGGCAUUUAAGAUUAAAAAGAGAAGGAAGAGUUUUUGUUGUUGGAAAUCAAAUAUUCGAGAAUUUGUGUCAAUUAGUUGAAUAUUUUGGAAAAAUACAAUUUUUUAGAGGAAUUUGUUUAAAAUAUCCAGUUAAUGAAGAAACGGUAAAGGAUAAAAAUACAAAAGAAAAUUUAAAUUCUUUAAAAGAAGAAGAGGAUAAUCAAGUUGAUGGCUGUUAUGUUGAAUUAAACGAUUUGAAAAAUGAAUUUCAAGUAGAGGCAAUAGAAUCAUUUGAAGAAGUUCAAUUUAUUGAAGAUUUAAUGUUAAAAGAUUAUUUUAAAGAAGGAAUACCUUAUAAUGGUAAAGCUUUAUGUUUUCCCCUUGGUGCCAAAAUUACUGUUUUACAAAAAUAUUUUUUAAAUAAAAAUGAAGAAAAAAAAGAAAUAGAUAAAUGGCUAUAUUUAGGGAGAUAUAAUAAUGAGAUUGGUUGGUUUCCAACGUGUAGUGUUAAUGAAGUUUCUGAUGUUUCUUUUGAAUCUAAUAAUUCUAGUAGCGAAUUAAAUUAUGGAACUAUUGAAUUGGCUGGAACUUCUUUUGAAGAAAAUAGAGAAGAACGUCCUUAUUCAUUCAAAAUUUCUUUAACACAAUCUCAUUGGAAAGUCCGAGUUUAUAUAGUUGCUACAGAUAAUGAAGAGGAAUUAAAAGAAUGGUUAUUAAUAUGUCAACAACAAUCUAGACAAGCAAAUGAUAAAAUACAGCAAUUGAGGAAUAGGGAAAGACAAUUGAGAAUUGCUAGUCAAUUAUCUUGUUUAGUGGUUUAUUGUCAAGCUGUUCCUUUCAAUCCAGAUUUUAAAUUGCAAGAUCAAAGAAAUUCUUUUUUUGAAAUGUGUUCUUUUAGCGAAUCAAAGCAUGAUAAAUUAAUAGAGAAAGGUUUGCCUUUAUUUAAUCAACGUCAACUUUCAAGAGUAUAUCCACAAGCUAGCCGUUUAACUUCAACAAAUUUUAAUCCAAUACCAAUGUGGAAUAGUGGAUGUCAUAUGGUUGCUCUAAAUUUUCAAACUGGGGAUAAACCUAUGCAAUUAAAUUUUGGACGUUUUAAUGCAAAUGGACGGUGUGGAUAUGUCUUAAAACCUCAAUAUUUAAUGGAUGAAACUUUUUGGCAAAAACAACAAAAUGAAUUAUUUAAUCAAAAAUUAGAGGGAGUAAAGAAAAAAUUACUUUGUCGUUUUUGCCGUAAUAAAAGCAAAAUACCUUUAAAUAAAGAAAAAGAGAAUGGAGAUUUACAAAAAUGUUGUUGUGACAAAAUAAAUUUAGAUUUUGAUGAAAAUUUGGAAGAAAAACAAAAAGAAAAUAAUUUAAAUGGAAUAAUUAAUAAUAAGGUUAAUAAUUCAUCAACACUUUUUACUUCAAAUAGACCAAUUAUUUUAAUUAUUACAAUUAUUGCUGGAAGACAUUUAACUCGUAAAAGUGGUUAUGAUAAAGGGGGAAUUUGUUCUCCAUAUGUUGAAAUUGAAUUACUUGGAUUUGGAAACGAUUCUCAAAUUCAAAAAACAAAUACUAUAUGUUCUAAUGGUUUAAGCCCUGUUUGGCAAGAACGUUUUUAUUUUAAAAUUAAAUAUCCCGAAAUGGGCCUUUUACGGUUUUUUGUCGAGGAUGGGGAUUUUGUUGGACCCAAAACGGAUCCUUUUAUUGGCCAAGCAAUAUUUCCAAUUGAUUGUAUUCGACCUGGAUUUCGUUCAAUUUCAUUACUUAAUCAAUUUAAUGAACCUUUAGAAUUGUCUGCUUUGCUUGUACAUGUUGAAAUUCGUGAAUGGAAACAUUUAAAUACAAUAACAACAACAAAAUGUCGUUCAAAUUCUCUUUUAGUUACUGGAAAUUCUUUAAAUUUUUCUUCAAAAAUUUCUUCUUCAUCAUUUUCUGAUGGAAGUAAUUUAAAUAAUAAUUUAAUGGACGAAAACCCUCCAAUUUCGAAUAUUCACCAAUAUUUACAAUUUGGACGGUCAAUUUUGGCUGAUUCCGCUCAAGAGCAAUUAAAUGAAAAUAAUAAUUCUUUAGAAUUUUCUGGAAUGAUCUCAACAAAAGAAUUAAGGCAAACAAAUAAUUUAGCAGAAGAUUACACUUUUAGAAAUCCAACACCAAUAUCACCACCAAAUAAUAAUAGAAAUUCAGCUUUGCGUAAUGGAUCGAGUACUUUAAGAAAACUUUUUCGAUUGGGUCGAAAUAGCAAUAAUUAGAACAAUGCCAUAAAAUUAAUUUUUU